AAGGACAGAGAGAAAGAAAGGGACGCAAGCCAUGGCUUUCUUUUUAUAUCCUGCAAUAAUUGCUUUAUCACAUUUCCAUACAACUCGAAGUCAUCUUUGGUUAGCUUGGAGUACAAUACAAUCAUCAUAAGCGAUUAUUUUAUAUGUAUAGUGGAAGGCUUGGCAUAUGAAAUAUUGCAUCUUUAUUUCAGCAUUAAUUUUUUAGACUUUUUUUUCUUGUCUCUGCUGUGGAAGUGUUUAAGCUAGGCUUGGUGUCUCCUCUUGAAGGGGUUGAUGGCAUUAUCUUUGACUACCUUUAGAAAGGUUACAGUAUGUACGGAAGGGUCAAAGUUUCUAAUAUGACAGUCAGGCCAAGGUCCAAUGGGUUUUUAUGACAAAGUGUCUUUGCUCAAGUUAGUUCCUUUGCAACAAUGGUGUGGACUAGAUUCAUUCGUGUUCUGUCUUUCUCCCUGCUUUUCAUGCACAUAGCCGCGGUGUCGAUUAAGCAUCUUUCUAAAGGAAAUGCACCUGACGCAGAUUUUGAACAGAAGGAUAUUACAGAAAUCAAUUCGGCCGCAGGCCUGAACCUCUUUCAGGGGGACAUCCUUCUGCCCCCGGAAUCCAGAAACGGCCUGAGAGACCCGACAUACAGGUGGAAGUUCCCCAUUCCUUACAUCCUGGCGGACAAUCUCGAGCUGAACGCGAAGGCGGCCAUUCUCUCCGCCUUUGAGAUGUUCCGCCUCAAGUCCUGCGUGGAUUUCAAGCCCUACGAAGGAGAGAGCUCAUAUAUCAUCUUCCAGCAGUUUUCUGGGUGCUGGUCUCAGGUGGGUGACCUCCACGUGGGACAGAACCUCUCCAUUGGUCUGGGCUGUGACUACCAGGCCAUCAUCCAGCACGAGCUCCUGCACGCACUGGGCUUUUACCACGAGCAGUCGAGGACGGACCGGGACGACUACGUGAACAUCUGGUGGGAUGAGAUUAUUCCAGGUUAUGAGCACAAUUUCGACACCUACGAUGACACCUUCAUCACGGAUCUCAACACGCCCUACGAUUACGAGUCCCUGAUGCACUACGCCCCCUUUUCAUUUAACAAGAACGAAAGUGUCCCGACCGUCACGGCCAAGAUCCCUGAGUUCAACUCCAUCCUUGGGCAGCGCCUGGAUUUCAGUGCCAUUGACUUGGAAAGGCUGAACCGGAUGUACAACUGCACCUCCACGCACACCCUCCUGGACCACUGCGCCUUUGAGAAGACCAACAUCUGUGGGAUGAUCCAGGGCACCCGGGACGACGCCGACUGGGCCCAUCAGGACAGCGGCCCGCCCGGGCAGGCGGACCACACCCUGGGGGGCCAGUGCACAGGUGCCGGCUACUCCAUGCACUUCAACACCAGCUCCGGGGCCGCCGAGGAGGCCGCCCUGCUGGAGUCCCGGAUCCUUUACCCCAGGAGGACGCAGCAGUGCCUGCAGUUCUUCUAUAAGAUCACGGGGAGCCCUUCGGACAGACUCACCGUGUGGGUCCGGCGGGAUGACGGCACCGGCCGCGUGCGCAGGCUGCUCAGGAUGAAGACGUUUCCAGGAGACUCAGACCACAGUUGGAAAAUUGGUCACGUGACCCUCAAAGAAGAAAAGAAAUUCCGCUAUCUCUUCCAGGGCACAAGAGGUGACCCUCAGAACUCUGCUGGGGGCAUUUACCUGGAUGACGUCACCCUGACAGAAACGCCCUGCCCCACAGGGGUGUGGACCAUUCAGAACAUCUCCCAGGUCCUUCAGAGCACAGCUAAGGGGGACCGGCUCCACAGCCCUCGCUUCUACAACUCAGAGGGCUAUGGCUUUGGGGUGACGGUGUAUCCCCAUGGCAGAAUCACCUCUGUCAACUCUGACCACAUGGGGCUCGCCUUUCACCUGUGCAGCGGGGAGAAUGACGCCAUUCUGGAAUGGCCAGUGACAGACAGGCAGGCAAUAAUGACCUUCCUGGACCAGGAAGCUGACGUCAGGAACAGGAUGUCCUUAACCAUGAUGUUCACUACUUCCGAAUCCCAUACAGCUUCAGCGAUCAACGGCUCCGUCAUCUGGGACAGGCCGUCCAAGGUGGGGGCCUACGACCCGGACUGUGACUGCUUCAGGAGCAUCGACUGGGGCUGGGGCCAGGCCAUCUCCCACCAGAUGCUGACAAAGAGGAGUUUCCUGAGAAACGAUGACCUCAUCAUCUUCGUGGACUUCGAAGAUAUCACCCACUUGCGUCAGACUGAAGUCCCCACGACAGGCCAGAGGCAGAGCCCACGAGGCCUCAUUCUCCAUGACCAGGAGUCACGGGCCUCGGGAGAAGGUUCUGGAAAGGCCACAUUAAGCGAAGUGCUUCCUGGCGAUCUGCCCGGGCGGCAGAAGCGGUCGGUGGAGAACACGGGCCCCAUGGAAGACCACAACUGGCCCCAGUACUUCAGAGACCCCUGUGACCCCAACCCUUGCCAGAACGAAGGCCUCUGCGUGAACGUCAAGGGCAUGGCCAGCUGCAGGUGCAUCUCCGGACAGGCCUUCUUCUACACGGGAGAGCGCUGCCAGGCCAUGCAGGUGCACGGCGGUGUGCUGGGCCUGAUGAUCGGAGGCACCGCCGGCCUCAUCGUCUUCACCUUUGCCAUCGGCUCCAUCGUUUUCCGAAGGUCCAGGCAGUGA